GUGCAUGCAAAUAAGUAGAGUUGUGUAAAGAAACUAGUUCAACAACGUCACAUACAUAGACGAAGUGUUAUCGCGCCACUUGAAUAAUAUCCAGUAGCUGUAAAUAAUGAAAAUAGCAGUGAUCGGAGCUGGUGCUGCUGGUUUAGCUGCAAUUAAACAUGCCAUUGAAAUCAAUUGCGAUGUUAUUGGUUUCGAACAGACCGAUAAAGUGGGCGGAACGUGGGUGUACACACCUCAAACUGGUAAAAAUGAAUUCGGCAUCGACAUCCAUUCCAGCAUGUACCAAAAUCUCACAACUAAUUUACCCAUCGAAUUGAUGUGCUAUCCAAAUGAACCGUUCCCAUCAAAUCCCAAGUCGUUUGUGUCGUCCGAUGUAGUGCUCAGCUAUUACGAAUCAUUUGCUGACAAAUACAGGCUACGAGACCACAUAAAAUUCCUAAAUCAAGUCGUCCGCGUACGGCCUCUAUCGCAAGAUUAUCUGGGCGGAUGGGAAGUCAUUGUGAGAGAUGUCUCUAUCGGUACAUACGAGACGUAUACUUUCGAUGCGGUUCUCGUAUGCAACGGUCAUUUCCAUUCCGGAUUCAUUCCGAAUUACGAGGGUGCGAAAACGUUUCAAGGGAAACGAAUACAUUCGCACAACUAUCGCAGUCCAGAGGUGUUCAAAGACGAGACCAUUUUGGUGAUUGGUGGAAACUUCAGUGCUGUCGAUAUUGUACAACAAACGGCACCACAUGUUAAAUCAGUUAUUUGGUCUCACCAUUUGAAAAAUGGGCCCGAUGUAACGCUGUUGGGUGAGAAUGUAACUCAGAAACCGGAUGUAUUAAAACUGGGUGAAAACAAUGCAGUCUUUGUCGACAACACCACGUCAACAAUUACAACAGUUAUUUACUGCACCGGCUACGAGUUCAAGUUUCCGUUCUUGUCGGUCGAUUGCGGUAUCAGUUCAUGUGAUGGUUAUGUACGCCCACUUUUCAAGCACUGUCUUAAUAUCAACCGACCGACCAUGGGUUUCAUAGGACUACCAAAUCUAGUCUGUCCCAAUCAACUAUUUUCACUUCAAUCGAGAUUUUGCCUAUCGUUCAUGACCGGAAAGAAAGCAUUGCCAACAAAAGAGGAAAUGAUAGAGGACACCGAAACGGAUUUAAACGACCGCUGGAAACGAGGAUUGCCGAAACGUAAAGCUCAUAUGAUGGGACUCAACGUACAGGCACAAUAUUAUGCUGACUUGGCAACGACAGCCGCCGUUGAACCGAUUAAGCCCGUUAUACCUCGCAUGCACAUUCAUGCAGGUAUGAGUCGGCAAAGAGACUUUGUCAAUUUUCGAAGCAAUAAGUAUCACGUUAUCGAUGAUGAGACAUUUGAAGCGCGGCCGAUUUAAAAACCAAAGAAUUAGUACAAUUUUUGGCUUGUACACGACUCAAGCAUAAAUGGGAAAUAAAAAUUGUUUUGUACCUUAAAAUGAUAAUGAUCCAAAGUUCAAGGAGUUCACGUCCAAGGUUCAAAGAAGUAAAUUAUGGAUCUUCAUACUUAUAGUGGGCUCUGCCUUUUAGCUGUACGGUUUCUCGUAUUUACUUUUUGAUUUUCUAUUUUUGGUAACUAAACUAAAUUCUUGUGAUAAAAUGGCCACCAAAUCCCAAAAAAACACAAAUUCCAAUACUACCGUGACCACAAACAACGAUUCAACGUUUAAUUUGUCUACACUUGAUUUAUCUGAUCUUAAUUUAAACGUUCUUGAUGUUGUAACUGCCCUUGCAGUUGGACUAGCGCAAAAGGUUGUCAAGGACACAGUAACGAAAGUGGCCAAAGAAAUUGUUCUCAGAGAAAAAUUCCCGAAGCCAAAAGAAGCAUUGCAAAGAUUGGCAGAACCGAGCAUGAAAUCGUAUCUCAACUUAUACAAUAACCAUCGCAGUGUUCUGACCCCGGAUAAAGUGCUGCGACUCGAACAAAAAUUGUCUGAUAUGCAGAAAUAUUCGAAGGUCAUCCCUGACGACCUAAAGGUUCUUAUUGUCGACAGGGUCAAUGGAAUUAGCGCCAGUCAGGGGAAUAUGCUUCAAAUCAAAAUUAUGGAAUGUUUGGAGCACUUUGUCGCGAAUAACCAAGGCAAAGAGGUUCCACGAUUUUUAGAAACAUCCUACAAUUUCAAGUGCCUCAAAGUCGUUUGUGCGAACGAGUUUAGUUUAAACUGGUUAAAGGAAACAAUUGCGAAACUAUCGCCAUGGCCUCAAGCACGAUUGGAAGUAACUUUCAUGUCGACGUAUUCCGUUUAUUCGACCGUGUCACAGAAACAGACACCUAAAGCAAUGCCAACACAAGGCCAAGGACGAUUAAAGUUUGCUAUUCCCAACAACAGUGCAA